AUGGACUUCUCCGUCAAACCUGCCGGCGGCUCACCUUCUCCGUCGUCUUCCACGUCUUCCUCUACUCCUCACCGGUUGAAAUCCGCCGGUACACCUACCGCUACUGCUGCCGCUGUCUCAGGAAUCUCCUCCGACCGAGAUCCGAUGCAUUCUUGGUGGGAAUCAGUCUCCAAGCAGCGCUCUCGCAUCCUCUCUCUGUCUUCUCUACUCUCCGGCGACUCUCAUUCGGAAGACGUCGAAGGAAGUCCGAUCUCUUCUCUAGCAGAUUCCGAUCGGCCGGCACUGUCGUUACUUUCAUCCCGCGCUGCUUACUCCCUGAUCUCGUCUUCCCUUCGCAAUCCGGCUUCCGGUUCCGGAUCUGACCCGCUCUGUCAGUGGCUAUACGAAACCUACCUCUCCUCCGAUCCACCCCUUCGCCUCGUCGUCCUCUCGUUCCUCCCAUUACUCGUCGGAAUGUACUUAUCUCGAAUUCAUUCCUCCGAUUCGUCGUCUCUCCCUUCUCUCUCCGGAUUCGAGGCCGUGCUUCUCGCAAUCUACGCUGCAGAGGUCAAGGCACGCGCCGGGAAACCUAUACUCGUACACAUCCCGGAUCUCGCCCAGCCAUCUCUCUACCACACGCCGCUAAACGGCGUUGACAAAUCGCGUGACUCCAAUCCCACCGCCUCCGUCGGAGUAUUGUCUCCGCAGCUCGAGCCUCAGAUCGCGGUCAAGUCAACGAAACGAGCCAGCAUCGUCGGCGUCGGGCUACAAUGCUAUUUCAAGGAGAUCUCACAGAUGCCGGCUUGGUCUAAGCUCGAAUUCUGUAAAUUAUCUGCUAGUUGGGCUGGUCAGGACUGCGAUUGCAAGGAGAAGAUUGACGGAGAUGAAGAUAAAGUCCUAGCCCUAACCAACGGUUUCGCAGAUUCCCCUUCUUUCAAUGGAAACAGUGAGAUCGAGGAUGAUUUCGAUAGAUUAGCAAUCAGAGAGAACGAAGAACAGCUUAGCUCUAAUGGCAUCGGAGGAGGAGGAGGCGUGAGGAUUCCACUUCCAUGGGAGCUGUUUCAGCCCACACUACGGAUUCUUGGUCAUUGCUUGCUCAGUCCAUUGAAUACUGUAGAUGUUAAAGAUGAAGCUUCCAAUGCAGUGAGAUCAUUGUACGCAAGAGCCUCUCAUGAUUUGAAUCCACAGGCGAUUUUAGCUACACGGAGUCUAGUUAACCUCGAUACAAGUGCACGAACCUCUGCCAAGAAUGCAAGUGCAGGGACUGUUAAUGGCUCCUCGAAUGUUAACACUCCCAGCAAGUCGAAAAAGCCCGAAAUUCUUCUGUCAUCAAAGUGA